GCGGCCUGCAUCUCUGAUACAAGAAGAGUUUGAUUCUUUGGACACGACUUGACUUCCUUCUCUUCACCAAGACCAAGAAACCCACCUCGCAGCACUUCACCAUCCUCACGAUUCGCAAUACCAUCAACCUCCGUGCUUUCAAGGUUCAAGCCACGCUGGCUGGACACAACACAACACUCACUCGGAUUCACAACCACAAACUAGCUUCUCCUGAGGCCCAUUUACCGAUAACAGAGUCGGCCACUCCACAGCUAUGGCUGGUCACAAUCCAGUCUCGCUACUCAACAUAGCAGGGGAACCAGAUGCUUCGCGUAGAGAGCUACUCUACCGGGUCUUCGACACCAUCAAGCCAUAUUUCAAAGGCUAUGAGGAACCCAAACACAGCGUUGAGCAACUGGCUGUUAUUGCAGUCCUCUUCAAGCCCGGCAAAUCGUGGAAAGAAGCCUUCUAUUGGACUCUAGAGACAUUCCCCUACUGGAACGACGAAUCUGUUGAUUUCAUCGCGUACGGUAGUGAUGGUGGGGACCUCCACAACAUCGAGAAGUUUCGUCUAGACUUCCAGCGGGCUUUCAAAUCUCUGGAAGUCCCCAUCACGAGGAUUGGCGGCCGUCCCGUUCAUGAAUCAGACUGUUUCGACACGGACGGAUGGGCAGUCGAGACAACCGCAGCUCGAGCCUUUCUAGGCCUUUGCAACAUUCCGCCAAUACCAGCAACGAGGUUUCCAAGCCUCUCACAAGCCGCCAGAAAUGCCAAACAAUUCCGCUUCCUCGACCUACCAGCCGAACUGCGCGAGAAGAUUUAUGCGUACACUCUCGACCUCCCAAGCAGUGGCGUAGCACUGGAAACGCGUCCUCAGCGCACGGACUCAGCUCGUGGCCCACGUCUCAUAGCUCGCACGAGAGACCUCAACUCAACCAUCGAGGCUGCUGACUGGUUUCCAGAAGAGUUCGACCCUACUCUUUCCAUGCAAGUACGGAUCUCCUCCGCCAAAGCCUUCAUCGAAGGCCCUCACCUCGCCGAACACCUCGCUCUUUCACUCAUCAAUCGACAGAUCAGCGAAGAGUCCCUCGCAUACUUCUACAAGAACACCCAUUUCGUCUUUCGCACCUUUGAAGACCUGCAGACCUUCCUCGACAAGACUCCUCGGGAUAGACGAGACAUGAUUCGCCACGUAUCCUUCAUCUUGCACCCACGAGAGCAUCGGACUCACACGAAGCAGUGCGCUAGAGUCUUACCUACCAUGAGAAUUUUGACGGGCAUGAAGGGGUUGAGAGAAUUAGACAUUUGGAUGUGGAAAGACGCCUUUGAUGAGGUCUGGAGUAAAGGUGGCCGAGGAAAGAAGUGGAAGGACCUGGCAACGUUCCCAGGUGUGGUGGCGCUAAGAGCGAUGAGAGGCCUCCAGAAGGUCACCGUGCAUGGGAAUUGCAAUGAGGUGAAAGCCAUCUUGGAGAAGGAGAUGAUACUUGAGAAGGAGGCCAAGAAGAAGAGGGCGAGCAAGAAGCGGGCGGCAGAUGAGGAGGGAGAGGACGAGGAGGGAACGCGAGCGACCAAGAAGGCGGCAUAGAGAGUCGUAAAGUACUCGGCAGAG